CCACCGCUCGCUCUCUCUCUCUCUCUCUCUCUCCUCCUUUCUCCAUUUCCUCUGCAGAAGAAAAGCUGAGAGAGGAGCGAUGAGCAUCCAGCUUGCCGAUUCUUCCUCCAUCGUUCGCCUCAGCAUCGGUGGUAAGAAGUUUUCCACGACCGUGGACACGCUGAGUCAGCGGGAACCCGAUUCAAUGCUGGCAGCCAUGUUCAGUGGGCGCCAUGUGGUGUGCCGAGAUCCAGACACGGGAUAUGUCUUUGUUGAUCGAGAUGGGAAACACUUCAGACAUAUUCUAAACUGGUUAAGGGAUGGUGUCAUUCCCACUUUAUCAGACUCUGACUACUCGCAGCUUCUGCGUGAGGCAGAAUAUUAUCAACUACUGGGACUAAUGGAUGGAAUUCAUUCUCUUGUGAGUAAGAAGAGGGAAGAGGAUAAGGAUGAGUUGGACUCGGAACUGACAAGAACUGAUAUUAUCAAGUGUAUACAAUCAGAAAAAGUCAGAUUUAGGGGGGUUAAUCUAUCUGGGCUUGAUCUUUCCAAGCUGGACCUGUCAUAUGUAGAUUUCAGCUAUGCUUGUCUCAAAAAUGUCUUCUUUUCGCGAGCUAAUUUGCAAUGUGCAAAAUUCCGGGAUGUGGAUGCUGAAGGAUCCAUAUUUCACAAUGCUACCUUGCGUGAAUGUGAAUUUACUGGAGCUAAUCUUCACGGGGCUUUAUUAGCUGGUGCAAAUCUUCAGAGUGCAAAUCUACAAGAUGCCUGUCUGAGUGAUUGUAGCUUCUGUGGAGCAGACUUGCGAUCCGCACAUCUGCAGACUGCUGAUUUAACCAAUGCCAACUUAGAGGGAGCCAAUUUGGAGGGAGCCAACUUAAAGGGGGCUAAAUUAAGCAAUGCAAAUUUAAGAGGUGCAAACCUGCAAAGAGCAUACCUACGCCAUGUAGAUCUUCGAGAGACGGUCGGAUGGAUGUGAUUUUGGCUGCAUUUACUAUCUGGAUGCUACUUGCAUUUGGAAGGUGCAAAGCUUGAUGGUGCCAAUUUGCUUGGGGCGAUUAGAUAACUGUGGAGAUUAUGAAAAGCUUGUAUAGGUUGACCUCUUAUUUAUUUCCGCCAAUGACAUUGGCGAUCUCUUGUAUACUGACAUCUACUCUAUUUUUAGGUGCUAAUAAACAUGUUCUGGCUAUCGGCUGAUGUAGAUAUUUAUAUUUGUUGCCUACAUUAUCGUUGUAGUUGAGCCGACUCAUUAGGUGUUUCCUUCUGCUUUUCUUAUACAUAAAAGGAUUGGGAUCGUUAGGGGCUUGUCGCUAUGUCAAGUGUAAGAAGAGUUUUAGUGGAUUCAAAAAGGCAUUCUUCGUCGUGAAGUUGGAUUCC